AUGGAGCACGUAAGCAACAGUGUUUCCCUCGUUGAGUUGAAAAAGCGUUCUCUCAUUCCACAAAAAUGGGAGGGCCAAGUCCGUGCUAUCGGAAUAUCGGAGUAUAAGGAAGCAGCGCUAUCUCUAGCGCAGGCCUUUGCUACUGAUGAACUGGCACAGUACGUCCUUGAUACGGACGACAUGGUCGGUUACGAUGACGAGACCAAGUGGCGGCUCCACGUUGAUAUCUUCAACUACAUCGUGGCAGCCCAUUGCUACAAGGGUGUCGUAACCACCAUCGGGCCGGACUACGAGGGCGUGGCGCUCUGGAUGCCGCCUGGCAAGGAGAUGGACGACUGGGUAACCAUCGUCCGCAGUGGUAUGUGGAGACUCUACUAUCAACUGUCUGCCGAAGGCCGGAAGCGCUACUACCAAGAACUCAUGCCGGUGCUCCACGACACCAAAGCCGAGGUCAUGGGUGACAGGGACAACGACUGCUACUACCUAGUAUAUCUGGGCACCAAGCCCAGCGGCCAGCGUAGGGGCUACGCGAGGAAGCUCAUGGAGCAGAUGGCUGCCAAGGCUGACGCCGAAGGUCGAGCCAUGUACCUCGAGUCCAGCUCGGAGAAGAACACGUCGUACUACAAGAAGUUCGGCUUCGAGUUCAAGAAGGACAUCUACCUCGGUAUCGAUUGCAAGUCGCCAGUCCGUCUGAGUAUCAUGGUCCGCGAGCCGCAGAAGCUAUCCAAAUCGAUCCCCAUCAAGCUUAACCCCGGGUUCAAGAAGAUGUAA